GCGACAUAUAGAAGAGGAUUUGAACCUGGGAUCUCUUGAUCUGCAGUCAAAUGCUCCAACCGCUGAGCUGCACACAUACAUUACACCUGUUUUCUUUAGUCUCAGUGAUUAACACGCUUAAUGGAUUUAGCCCAGCGUGCCUCUCCAGUGCUUCCUAAUCCUCGCUCCAGUGUGGGUGGGGCACCCCAAGAUGCCCCCCAAGAUGCCCCCCAAGAUGCCCCCCUGCAGCCCCCUGGGCUGGUUCCCCCCAGCAGACCUGUGGCCUCCAGCCCUCCCACAGGCCAGAGGUGUGGACCCAGACCCCAGGAGGUCAGCCUGAGAGCUUCCUGUAACGGGGGGUGGGGGGGGAUUAGAGCAGAUUUAACCCUAUGAAUAACGGAGACAGCUGAUUGGUCUGUGAGGAAGCAUGCCACUGUGUGAGCUCCUUGCAGUCCUGCCUUGCUCAGCUGGAGGGAGACGGCCUCAGGUGUGCCCAGAGGAAGCCCUCUGCCUGCCAUGCCAGAGCCCAGAGUCUCCCUGGAGCCAAUCUGAGGGUGUAGCGGGGUCCCUCCCUCCAGGGGGGUGUGUCGGCUGGGGAAAGCACCAUGGCGUUUUUGAACGUACCACGAUUGCUGGACUUUGCCAAAACGCCUCCACACCUUCAGUUCAACAAGUACGUGCUGACCGGGUAUCGUCCAGUGGCCACGGCCCAGGACUGCCUCUGCAGCCUCUUCUACCUGCACAACGAGUUUGGGAACAUCUACACCCACGGGAUCCCAUUCCUCUUCUUCCUGGUGUUCCUGCCCCUCAGCCUCCCGUGGGUGGAGGGGCAGUGGUGGCUGUGCCUGGUGCACUACCUGGCCUGCCUGUCUCCCACCGUGGGCUCUGUGCUCUAUCACAUCUUCAUGAACCACGAGGGGGGCGCCCACGUCUACGACACCCUGCUCUCCCUCGACAUGUUUGGGGUCUGCCUGGUCAACACCCUGGGAGCCCUGCCCAUCGUCCACAUCACCCUGCUCUGCUACCCCGUGUCCCGGCUGGCUGCCAUGCUGUCGUACACCCUCUUGUCUGCCUACGGUAUCUACAGCGCCACCACAGCCCGCAGCAACACGCGGCGCCUCCGCGCCUUCGCCUGGCAGGCGCUGUUCCGUCUGGGUCUGUUCCUGCUGCGCUGGGGGGGCCCGGGGGCUGGGAGCCCCUCCUCUCUGCGGCUCUUCCUCACCAUGGACCUGCUGGCGCUGCUGGGGGGGCUGGUCAACAUCAGCAGGGUGCCCGAGCGCUUCCACCCCGGCCUGUUCGACUACUGGUGCAACAGCCACCAGAUCAUGCACGUCCUGGUGAUUUGCUCUAUCGUGUACCUGCACUGGGGCAUGAUGGAGGACCUUGCCUGGCUACGCACCUUCCAGUGCCCUGGGGAGGGCUAGGAGGGGCUGCCUGGGAGGAAGGGAGGGGGAGGAGUUUGAACGCACUUGAGGCUAGCUGCUACUCAAGAAUCUGGAGGGAACCUGAGUUGAGUUCACCACGGCUGCGUGUGAAGGUGGUGAUUUCCUGCUGAGAGGACAUCAGACUGUGUAGUUCACAGGGUUAGGGUUAGAACACAUCCAGUUCUACUGAAGCACCAGCUUGUACCACCAAA